AUGGGAACAUCAACUGCCAAUGUUGUUGAGAUUCUUGCCUUGCUCAUUCUACUUCAAAGCGUUUCCUCCUUCUGCAAUGGAGAUAAUUUCAAUGGAAGCUGUAUCAAGACUGAAAGAGAAGCUCUUGUCAAGUUCAAGUCAAGCCUCCUCAACAAUUCAAACUCGUUGCCUUCAUGGGUGGGAGAUGACUGCUGCAGAUGGCACGGAGUCACUUGCGAUGACAUAACCGGUCAUGUAGUUAACCUCGUUCUUUCUUGGACGUCCAUCAGGGGAAACAUUUCCCUUCAUCUUGGAAAUCUUUCAAACUUGCAGUAUCUUGAUCUCAGUUGGAAUUAUGAUCUCAGUGCGAAUCCUUCAUUGGCAAUCCACAGUCUCCAUUUUCCAUCUUCUUUGAAAUACUUGUACUUGUGGUACGUGGUCCUGGACAAGUGUGACAAUUGGUUGCAGUCAAUAAACAUGCUUCCUUCUUUACUAGAAUUAGAAUUGUGGAAUUGUGAGCUUUCCAUCAUUGGUGAUGUUUCACAUGUCAAUUUUACAUCUCUUGAGGUUCUCGACCUUGGAUGGAACAACUUCCAUUCCACAAUCCCAUGCUGGUUAUAUAAUAUUACCAAACUUCAAAAUCUUUCUCUGUCUUAUAGUGCUUUCCGAGGGUCUCUUUCCACUGAUAUCAGUAAUCUUAAUUCUCUUGCUUCCCUUGAUGCGGAUUUUAAUUCUUUGGAAGGCAACAUACCCAACACGUUGAACAGUAUUCCAGAUAAUUUGGGCAAAUUUAAACGCCUGAAAGUUAUUUCUCUUUCUAAAAACUCUUUCUGGGGUUCAAUUCCUGUAUCCAUCGGACAGCUUUACAACCUUGAAACACUAGAUUUCAGUAAGAAUUCAUUGCAUGGGAAAGUUUCUGAACUUCACUUGUUAAACCUGAGAAGCUUGAUUAAUUUGAAUACGGGUGGGAAUUCUUUAGCUUUUGAUAUUGAUCCCGAAUGGAUACCUCCUUUUCAACUUGACUGGAUUGAUUUAUCAUCUUGUGAAGUAGGGCCUUCGUUUCCACAGUGGCUCAAAACACAAAAAGGCAUUAGAUUUUUAGAAAUGUCUAAUGCAGGCAUCUCAGAUAACAUCCCUGACUGGUUUGAAAAUAUUUCUUCCAAUAUAGUAGGAUUGGUUUUAUCUUAUAAUCAGUUGUUUGGGACCUUGCCAACUUUCAGAAAACUGAACACAACUUAUGCUAACGAAUAUAGGAUCAUAUUGUUGAAAUCUAACCAGUUUGAUGGUUUUUUAAGCUGUUCUCAUUUUGAUGCAACCAUAUUGGAUAUCUCCAACAACUUGCUCCACGGCCAGAUUCCCCAGAAUCUCAGUGAAAUGAUGCCACGUCUGCGACUCUUAUCCCUCUCCAACAACUACUUGAAUGGUACCGUUCCAGCUACUUUAUGCAGGAUUGAAUCUUUACAAAUUCUUGAUCUUUCGAAUAAUCAUCUAUCAGGAAGAAUACCUUCAUGUUGGGGAAAUUUGCCAAGUUUAACUGUGAUUGAUUUUUCAAGUAAUAUGCUGAGUGGUGAGGUUCCAAUGUCCUUGGGUUCUCAAGAGUCGCUUGUUUCCCUGCAUCUGCAAAACAAUACUCUGCAAGGAAACAUCCCAAUGUCAUUAAGGAAUCUAGAAUCCUUGGAGACUCUUGAUCUUAGCAUGAAUGCUUUUGAUGGUUUUAUUCCUUCAUGGAUAGGUGAGAGCCUAUCUUCUCUGAAAGUACUGAGUGUUCACUCCAAUAAAUUUGAAGGUGAGAUUCCUCUGCAGCUUUGCUACCUUGCUUCUCUUCGCAUAUUGAACUUGGCAAAUAAUGUGAUGACUGGAACAAUACCUAAUUGUUUUGGCAAUUUUACUGCAAUUGCUAUGCAUGAGCAGAAAGAGGAUUGGGACUAUUACACUAAUGCUGAACCCUAUGCGGGUCUUGUAAGAGCUAGCUAUGGUGAGAAUGUGCAGGUUUAUGUCAAAGGAAUAGAGCUUGAAUAUACUAGCACACUUCGAUUUCUGUAUUCCAUUGACCUUUCAGGAAAUAACUUUGUUGGAGAAAUUCCCCAGGAGUUGAUAAAUCUUUCAGGUCUACAGAACCUGAAUCUAUCUACAAACAAAUUGUUUGGACAUAUCCCUUGGAACAUUGGCAAGUUAAGCUCACUAGAAUCACUCGACUUGUCUGAAAAUGAACUUGCUGGCUCUAUUCCAUUCAGCAUUUCUGAUUUGAAUUUUUUAAGUCACUUGAAUUUGUCAUUCAAUCACUUAUCUGGACGAAUUCCAACGGGAAACCAACUUCAGACUUUGGAUGAC